AUGGCUGCAACAAAGAACAUCGCGCUCAUUACAGCGAGCACAAGAACCCCCAGAGUAGGCCCGAAAAUUGCCAGCCUUGUCAAUGAGAUCAUUGCUGGCGAUGCAGAGGCAUCGCAAAACACCAAAAUCACGCCUGUCGACGUCGCAGACUUCAACCUUCCUGUCUUCGACGAGGUAAUCAUGCCAGCUCUGGUCCCCAGCAAAGGAAAAUUCACCAAACCUCACGCCAUCGCCUGGAGCGCUGAAAUUGCCAAAUACGACGGAUACAUCUGGGUCAUCCCCGAGUACAACCACGGCAUGGCCUCUGCUACCAAGAACGCUGUUGACUACCUGUACAACGAAUGUAUUGGCAAGGGCGUCGUGGUUAUCAGCUAUGGUAUCGUCGGAGGAAAAUCCGCCAACGAGCAGCUCAAUCACGUACUCAAGGGCAUGAAGCUUCAAGUGGCUGAGACGAGCCCUACCCUUACUUUUCAUGGCAACGCUGGCCCGGAUUUGUGGCUGGCGGGCGCAGGGGAUCUUGGCGAGGAUACGAAGAAGGACAUCAUUUCUGAGACGCCCACGAUUCUCAAGGCUUUUGGUGAAUUGAAGGAAUUGAUGGAGAAGCCUGUACCCAACGGUGAUAGCUAG